AACAUCGGGAAGGGCAGCACUAGAAAGGCACAAUACCCAUGGCAAUGCCGAAUCAUCGCCAUCCCCAGAAGUAUUAUACAAAAUGGUUCAAAGCGCUUUUUUUCAAUUCGAAUCGUAGUAGCAGGGCUGUCUUUUGUGCUGUGCUGGCCGUAGGAUGCCUUUGCCUGGCAUUUGUCUAUCUGGAAACCGACAUGGACAGAAAAAUCAGACCGCAAAGCGUGUUGAUGCAUCAAACUCCGAGCGAUCAGAAAGGCGAUGAAGAGACAACAGCGUUGACGGCUUAUUCGUUAUUACGGCGUGAUCGUUCAGGUGCCGCUAUCUUGGACAUGCUCCUCGCUCACGCUUACUGCAGCGCCAAAAGCCUGCACUAUGGCGGAGUUUGCCUGGAAAUUAAUUCUCAGUAUCCGCAUCAACCGGCUCAUGAAGAGUUAUUGAAUUCUUUGGGCUUAGAAAAAAUCUUUUUGCCCUUUGUUCCGUGUCCGUCUCGAUCAAAUUCGUCAGCCAUAGUUCUCCCGCGUGACAUUUAUUUUGCUCCUGACACGGCUAUAUGGACGGAGGAGUGGUUGUCCGAAAUGCGGUUAUUUCGCCGUCCUAUGCCUCCAAUGGUGGGACAGCGGCCCGUACAGGUCGCUGUUCAUAUUCGGCGUGGAGAUGUUUCACUCUGCAUGAAAGAAGAAUCGUUUCGGUAUCUCCCCAACCUCCACUAUCAAAAAAUCUUGGAAAACAUGGUACUGCCGCAGCACCCCAACGCCAACAUUACGAUCUUUUCCGAAUCUGAGAAUGCUGAUGAUUGGCACGGCCUGUCCAAUUAUCAUCUCGCCUUGGAUGUGAACCCUGUGGAUGUAUGGAAAUCCAUGGUCGACGCCGACGUCUUGGUUAUGUCGAAGAGUAGUUUUUCGCUGGUACCGGCUGUCUUUAGUGCAGGGGAAGUCAUUUACACUCCUUUUUGGCACAACCCUCUAUCUACAUGGAACAUUGUGCCCGAAAGCAUUGUCGCAGAGAGCCAGCGUGAGGUCAAUCGCCUGCAGCAGCGUUGUCACCUACAAUGAAAGCGUGGAAGGAUAUGUUUGUUGAUGGUUCAGCAAACCAUCUUAUCGAAAUGUGGCAAUCAUCAAAAAGGUUUUCUUGCUCUAUCCAAAGCUGUUAAAGUCGGCUUUUUUCAAUGCAUUUACUUUGCCGUCUGUUUUGUGUAUGGAUAGUGUACUUUGACGCAAAAACCGUGUUGAGGAGACCGUGUUGGGGAGGGCCUGGUGACGAUGAAUGAACGGUCUAAUGGUGGCAGCGCUACUUCCGCUGUUAGAAACGGUAUGAGCGACGAAGUACUGCUAUUGCAAUUCAAUGGACAGCCCAACAAUAACUACAUUUCUGUGCUGUACUUGUCAGCGGCCGCGCAGGUCGCAGCUCAAGUAUUGACAUGCGUGUCCUUACCGCUGAAUCUGAUAGGAGUUCAGGGUAAUAGGAAGCAACUCCCUUUCCUAGAUCUGCUGAAACCUUUGGGUAUAUUUCUGGUUGUUGUUCAUUGGAUGGUUUUGGAGGGAAAUAAUUGGCGCCAUUCGACCCCAGUAUCUUUCUUGUGUACAUUUCUACAUACGUAAGCGGGGAGCCACGACACCGUAUGGACGAAUGCAAUUAAUUGUUUGAAGGAUUCAUCCCAAUGCCGGAGCAUCCGAAAUAUCCUCACAAUUUCAUUCCAUUCGUCACCCAGCAUUUUUCCCACCAUGGCAGUCACCGAACCCGAGACUACGACAAGCAACACCGUCGAACAGAUUCCUUCCGUAUCGGAUCCCAAGAGCGGCGAACCUAAGGAAGAGCCGACCGAAGAAACAAUCGAGAAGGGAAUCACGGAAGAAGAGUCGAACACCAACAACGACGCCAAAGACGAGGCCGUCCCCGAGAUCAACGGAACUUCAACUACAAAAGCUAACAACAACACUUUAGCCUCUGAAGGUCCCGUCGUUGAAUCCCCUGUCAAAAUUGACGCCACUGAGGAGGACACGCGGAAGCGCGCUAGCCCUGAACCGAUACCAGAGGAUCACCCCGAAGCUAAAAAGCCAAAAGACAAAAGCGGCGACGCGAAAGAGACCCAUGAAGACAUGAAAGUGAUGCCUGCUGAACCUUCCAGCAAUGAUAGUGACCAGCAACUCGUCGACGACUCCAAUCAAGAAACGAGUGCCAACACUCAAGAAACUGCGGAUGAGUCGACCGACUAGUAGGAAUUCAGGCGACUGAUGGCUUAUUAGGCACUUGCUAUACCACGCUUUCGGAGCAAGAAGGUUCGUCAGCGUGGCUGUUGAUGAGUGACUACUAGAUCUGGCACCAGCUACCAGCUCUCUGGAAGAUAUGGUAGUAACAGAUCAAUAACACUGACCUAAGUAACCGAAUUCAUAGUCGACGUAUUUCUCCUUUCUAGCGACGACAACCUAACAGUAAGCGCGUCGAGGUUUGCGGCUGUUAGAA